AUGGCACGAACAAAACUUCUACGAGACGCCGUGGUGAUCCUGGGAGCGGGCACUCAAGGCAGGCGUCUGGCGUAUAUGUGGUCCAGCACUGGAAAACCUGUGCACCUAGUCGACCGACAAGAAAAACAGCUUUCGGAAGGAAUUGACUACGUCCAACAACUCCGCGCAUCGCCCUCUGCCAUUUCCAAGAAUUGGGGGAACAUCACGACGUCUUCCCCAGAUAGGCUUAAUUCAGCAUUGCAACAGGCUUGGCUGGCAAUUGAGUGUGUGCCGGAAAACAUCAACCUAAAGCGAACCGUAAUCAGCGAACUCGAUGCUAUUGCCCCCGAGCAGACUAUUAUCGCCUCCAACUCUAGUAGCUAUGUGAUUAGCGAAAUUAUAGAACCACUGACUCUCAAAAACCCGGCCCGAGUGUUGAGCGCACAUUGUUACUGGCCACCGGAGACUCCAGCGAUUGAAAUCAUGGGACACGAUCAGACCGAUCCUUCUAUCAUUGAGCUAAUGCUCAACCAAUCCCAAAAACACGGCUUCUCACCCUACCAUGUGAAAUCAACUUCAAUUGGAUAUAUUUAUAACCGAAUCUGGGCGGCCAUCAAACGAGAAACUCUCCUCGCGCUCCACGAGGGCGUCGCAACCCCAAAAGAAAUCGAUGCUAUUUUCAAAGACGUCUUAAAGACACCCCGAGGGCCAUGUGAGCUCAUGGAUGUUGUCGGACUGGAUGUCGUGCUGGACAUUGAAAACCAUUAUGCAGACUCGCGCAAGGGCCUCCCCAUUGAGCCCCGGCAGUAUCUCGAUAACAUGAUUAAGGAAGGCAAACUCGGAUUUAAGAACAGGCGAGGAUUUUAUGAAUACCCUUCCUGAGUCUGUCAUAGUUCAAGGAGUCUGCUGUGUAUUGGACUGUCUGUCAGCUGCAUGGAAUGAGUGAUUUAUGAAUAGUCAUCUUAGAACAUAGAACCAGAGCUUAACAACUAUGU